AGCCGGAAAAAACACCCGCAUUUCCCUCAGCUGCAGGAACUGCCACUCAGUGUGGAGCUCACUCCUGGGAAAAUCCGAUGCAAUAAAAGGGAGAUGGUGCUGACCCGGGGCACGACUCGGGUGUCCACUAAAGGAAAAGAGAGCAAUAUUUAUGAAUACUUCACCGCCCUGUCUGGCAUAGGAGGGUUUCAGGACCACUUUGACUGGUGGGCAAGAAACAGCUUUACAGGUUCCGGAGGGAAGCCAUUUUGGAUUGAUCCCAAUGACUGCGAUAAUCUGCAUAUCAUCGUAGAUGACAACAUCCGUCUGACUGAACAU